UUUCACAUGAAAUGUUACUCAUCUCUUUCCUCCUUCAUCAAAAUAAAAAUGUUAGUUUAUUUAAAGGAUGCUUUUAUCCGGAUUGACUGAUUUUAAGGGUAUUGAACCAACAACCUUCUGUUUUCCAACCCAAAACUUUGACACUUUCACACCUAUAACUAGAAAAGUUCAAGCUAGAUUUUUCCAAACAAGAGCGUCUACUUUCAAGGAAAUCUGACCAAUGUCCUGUCCAUGAGUGACAUGACCGUUGGUUCACACCUACUCACAUGAUAAUAAAUAGCAGCCCGGAUUUCUCAGCUUGCAUUACAGUACAGUGGACACAUACAGUAUUACUGACUGAAAACUGCAUUCGUCUUCUAAUCCAGCCAUGGCUCUUCAGCUCAUCGGUUAUAUUCUGUCCAUUACUGGAUUAUGUGGCCUCAUUAUAGGCACAUUUACAAAUGAAUGGGAAAUCCUUGGACAUGACAAUGACAAGACUGUGAUUCUGGACAAAUACAAAGGACUGUGGAUGGAGUGCUCAGUGGACAGUUCGUCUCGCAUGACCUGCACAAGUUACACUUCUCUACUUCAUCAGACCUUUGAAAUCCGGUUGGGUCGAGCAAUCAUGAUCACCAGCAUCGUCUUUUCAAGCCUCGCCGCGCUGGUGGCCAUUUCUGGUCUCAGAUGUACAAGAUGUUUAGAAGAGAACGAGAUGUCGAAGGAUAGAGCUGCCUUCUUAGGAGGAAUCCUUUCUGUGUGCGGUGGUCUUCUUGCUUUGGGCAUAACCAGCUGGUUUAUAUAUGGAAUUGUUGACAAUUUCUUUCAGAAUGACAAAAAGACGGAGAGGUAUGUGGUCGGCAGGUCUCUGAUUGCUGCAUUUGUUGCAUCUGUGCUAUGUUUAUUUGGAGGCAUUCUAUUAUGCGCCUGCAGCGUGACACAUCUACAAUCCAAAAAAAUUCUCAGCAAGCAUCCGGUCUCCAGGAGUCCUGAAAAAGACUAUGUUUAAUGAUCUUGAGAACAUCUGAAUACCUACACUUCAUCUGAAUGUCAGACACCAGUUAAAUGUUGUGUAUGUGCAUGCAUUGUGUUAAUGAAGAAAAAGACAAUAAUAAAUCAUUUUAUAGUAAUUUUUAAAAAAUUAUAUAUUAUCUCUAAUUAUAUGUUAUUGUUAUUUUGCUAACUGACAUCCAUGUGCUAUGAUUUAACCACUUUUAAUGUAUGUUUAGAUGUUUGUGUGUCAAUGUAGCUACAGUAUUAGAAAACUAGAAGGCUGGGAUUGCUUCAGAGCUGACCACAGAGGAAGAUGAUGUCAUAUUCCAGUCAUAGCUUCACAGUCAAUAUGGGGAUAUUUUUACUAUUUUAAAUAAAAAUCUUUUGUAACAAUA